GGGACCUGGGUUGCCAAGUCAUAAUCCUCCGGACCAUGACGAGCCACCACCUCCGCCUUACGCAGAGUCAGAUAAUACGGCUUACAAUCCGGCAUUCAUGAAUCUGCCAAGCACUCAACAUUCUCCCAAUACACCGCUUAACUCACCGUCCCAGUCAUCUGCUGCCGAUGGCAGUAGUACUCAACCUUCCCCAUUCGUGGUUCCUUCUGCACCUCCAUUUUUUUCUGCUGGUCCACAGCAACAACAACAACAAGCUUCGUCAAGCCUGUAUCCAACUAUUCCGCCGUCUCCCGAACCGCAGUAUUAUCAGCAGUAUCAGCAACAGCAACACCACCACUAUCAAAGCCAAAAUAGUACACCGCCGCUACCACAGCAAGCAACCAUCCGAUAUCAAUAUCAUUCAAUUAACGUGCCGCCGCAUCGUCAGCCUCCUCAGCAUCCGCAAUAUUAUCAGGGUGGAUCGGUUAUUCGUCGACGGAUCCCAGAUCCUUCUGAACGAGGGUUCCCCAUCGCAGCACUGUUUUUCUUGUUUGGAUGGUUUUGUCCGCCAUUGUGGGUGCUCGGUGCAUGCUGCUGCAGUGGAAGUCGUAAUCGUUACGAAGCAUGGUGGGGCAAGGCCAACUUUAUCAUGGCAGUGAUGUUUAUCAUUUCUUCCAUUGUGUAUUCUAUGAUUGCAAUUACAGUGGGCGACUGGAUGGUUGGCAUGCGAUUAUUGAGCUUUUCCGUGGAGUAGGAGUAAAUUCAGCUAUUAUUGAUGAAAGAUGUAGUAGUUUUAUUAUGAAGGCUUGUUGAUUGAUGAUUGGUAUAUACCUUAAUUCUUUCUUUUCUCUAUACACAUUGCAUUAUAAAUAUACAUAUACACAUUUUUUAUAUAUCAUAUCCAACUCGCGAUCCCUCUUUUCAUUCCUCAUCGCUGCUAGAGGAGUCUGUAUCAUACAUGACGGGCCGGUUGUUGUUGACAAACAGAUCAUCGUCAUUAUCGCUGCCGUCGUUGUCGCUAUGGUCGUCGUCGCAUUCAUCAGACAUUUCUUGUUGCUUUUUCUGUGAGAACUCCGUUGGCCUAGCGAGAAAGAAUCAUUA